AUGGUGGUAAAUUAUUUUUCAGAUAUUAUUAACAAACUCGAUGAAUCCACCAAUCCAUGUGAUGAUUUCUACCAGUACAGUUGUGGGGGGUUCUUAAAAAAGACUCAUAUACCUGACGAUAAAACGCAAGUGACUUCAUCUGCUGUUGCAGACAAUUUUGUUAAAUAUGCUCUGAGAGAUUUAUUGCAAAAUGAACAAUUGAUGUCAAAUUACUCAAAGGUAUUCUGUGUAAUUUAUCAUUAAGGGUUGUCGUUAAUGGUCGUUAGGUCGUUCCAGAUACUUAUGCAUACUAAAUGAAUAAAAAAGUAGCUUUUAGUUUUGUGUGUGAUUUAAGGUGGCUCCCUACAUUUAUUCUUGUUUAAGCAAUAAUUCCGUAAAACAGGCUUAUUCGUGCAGAACGCGAAUUCUUUUCGACUUGGUGGCAAUAUUGGUCACCUAAGGAAUAUUUCGAACUAGAUUUCGACGAUGUCAAUGUUCCCAUGGCAACAUGACGACAGCAUAAAGCCUUCCAAUUUAACCCAUAAAUGUGCCGCUAUCUCAAAAACGAUGUCGGUGACCUAUCUUUUUUAUUUCAUAUAUCUAUAAGGAAUGAUGCUCUGCAACUGCGGUGAAAGUUUAAAAAAAUUCUGUAGUGUGUGAUUUUUUUAAAAGCGAAAAAUUUAUUGCGAAAUUUCCACACUACAGAUUUUUUUAAAAUUUGAAAUUUAUAAAAUUUACCUCAAAAUAAAUUCGUCGUCAAAAUUUGAAGAUAGGUCACCGAAGAAACUGAUGAGUAAAAUGUAUUAAACUCGAGAAAUUCCCCUAUUGAAAAGCGUCGCUGACUAGUAAAAGAUUGUACGCGGGCGCCGCAGAACGAGUUUUCAUUCAGCAAAAUCGAGCGGCAAUGUUAUUUUUACUGUUUUGUUUUUGUCAACUGUUCGAUUUAUUUGAGUGCUAUGGACAGCCAAGGAUUAUUGUGAAGGAUUAAAUCGAUAAAAACAACGUUGAAGCUAAUUGAAUCCUGCCGUUUACUCAAUCUAUGAGCUGUAACAGCCUAUUAACAGGUGGACGUGUUUUUUUUGUUUCAUGUUUGGUCUUGUACUUUUUGCUAAAAAUGAACAAUUAGGCUAUGAAACUGAAAUAUUUUUCUGUUUACAUAUAAUCACUUUAAUCUUGUAGAAACACGACUAAAAACAUGAACGUUUUCUUGAGAAGUAAACCACUUUUUAAACGUUUCUGUGCAAUUUUGCAAAUGUUUUACAGUUGAGUCAGACCAGUCAGUUGACAGUGUAUAAAAAAUUAAAAAGUAUUGUUUCGUAGCUAUUUUUUGGUCUAGUGAUAUUCGUAUCAUAUGUAGAAUUGCUGUAUAGACUCGCAAGCGAUUUGGCACUCAAAACGAAGUAUUAUUCAACGCUUUUUCCCAUUAGAAACCUUUCAGAAAUAGCUUUAUUUAAAAAAAAAGCAUGGUCAAUUUUUGUUUUGUUUUGAUGCUGCAGUUGCGUGGGAUAGUUCCCGUACUUGUCCCGCGAACAUCCCGCACGGAACUGUAGGGAGCCUCCUUAAAGUCAUUCGUUGAGUUAAUUGGUAUACUUUUGAUUUUAACUUGGGACAAUUUGGCAAAUCAGUUGGUUGGAAAUAAACUAAAAUAAUAUUAAAUCCCAAUCACUAACUAUUUCAAUAUGUUUAGGAUUCAGCUGUCUAUAAAACCUUUACUUACUACAAGUCCUGCAUGAAUGAGAGUGCUAUUGAAAAUGCUGGGAUUAAACCAGUUCUUGAUGUGAUCGAACAACAUGGCUCAUGGAAUAUCACGAACAAGAACUGGAGUAAAGAUUCUUGGAUAUUGGAAAAAAUUCUUGCCAGAUUAUUUGUUGAUCUUAAUACUCCAGCCUUUAUAGGUUUGGAUAUAGCAUCAUCUUACUUUAACACAUCCGAAAGAUUUAUCACGGUAAGUUGAAGAAUAGAUGUUUCCUAAAAUAACCUUUUCGUAGUUUUCGAGCGAUGUUGGUACUGUGAGUACAUUUUCUGGAUUGUGUUCUCCCCUCGCCCGCGAGGCCAAAUACAUUGGUAAUCUUGAAUUGAGAUAGUUAAGUACUCGCGCAAUAUGUAGAAAGCCAUAGUAGGCUAUAUGCGAGACCUCAGAUUUGCGAAUUCUUGCUUAUUCCGGCUCAGCGUGGUCCGUUCGUCAUUCCUGCUUCAACAAGGAUCGGCUAAGCGAAAAAUUGUCUGUCAUAACUAUAGCAAUAACAUCUACAAACCAAAGUCUUGGUUGUACCAGACAAUGGUCUUUCUAGUAACCGGGCAUUUAAGUGUAUAGUGUCUUAAUGUAGUAUACGGGUAUUGUGUCUCUUCAGUGUCCGAUUUACGGGCAGCGUGUUUAUAUGAAUGCCGCGGGCUGGCCCACUUAGCGAGGAAGUCCAGUAAACGAUAUCUCGCGGUGUAGUUAUCUCGAUGUAGUUAUGUCUAUUAAGUGAACUUGUUAUAUAUCUAAUGCUUAAACUAAACGUGAUUGGCUGAUUUGUGGUCACGUGGAUUCCGAUAAAUGUAAUGUAUCUCGCCGGGCAACAAGUGAAAAAUGUUGUCCUCCUAUUAACUGUGCUUCUACCGACUACGUACAUAAAUGCUCAAAAUGUAGUUAAAAUUGAGAACGAAAAUUGAGAAGUUUUUCCAGUUUAUGAAUAGAAUACAAUUAUGUCUAUAACACAGAAGAAAAUACUUAACAGAUAAUAGGAAUUGCGGCUGAAACACUUUUUAGCAGGUUAUUUUAUUGUUAAAAUAAUUUCAUUUCGUACCCUCGAAACUCAUUGUUUCCCUCGAAACUCAUUGUUUCCCUCGAUCUCGUCUCGGGAAAUUAAACUUUGAAACUCUAGCUUGGUAAAACCAGGUGCACACUGGCUCGUUAAUUAUAUCGUCCGUUAAAGCAUUAUGAACUUUUUGUGUGAUUGGUUGACCUGCAUGUUCUGCUUUUUCAAUACCAUAUAGAUCAGUGGGGGACGUUCUGGUAAUAAUAGCAUAGAACUGGAUAAGGAACAGUCUCGUUCAAGAGUCCCGCGCUUAAAAGAAGAG